AUGAAGAAUAACAUGUUCUCUCGCAACCGUAAAAUUCACAACCCAUUCAAAAGAAGAAAUUCCUCAAGUAAAUCGCAUGCCCACCCCGUUUACCAUCAAAAUGUUAUCAGCGCAUUAGGAGGAAUCCCUCAUGAUUACGAUUUUGAAUAUAGCUCAACGACAGAAACACCAACGGUAUAUUCUUCAAGGCGAAGCUCAAUUUACUGCGACUCUUCAUACCAAAGUUCGAGAUUAGGUUCCACCCAUAUGUAUUCGCUCUACCAGGAGCCUCAGCACGAUUUUCUCGCUGCCGCAACGCACACUCAUCAUCAUCAUAACGACAAAUGCUGUCAUGAUGCCAAUUGCAAGCAAUACAAACAAACAAAAAGGAAUAGCUCCGAUUCUUACAAUCCAAGGCGAAGUUUUACUGGAUUUAAACUUUGGUUACGAUUGACUUGGGUAAAGGUUGGAAGAACCUUUCGUUAA